AUGUCGACCUUGCGAGGAGGGGUCGACCAGUUGCUACUGCCGCAACGACAAAACAUGCAGCCUCAGACACCUGGUAACCUCGGAGAGUCCAUCUUCAACAGUGAGGCUGUGCCGUCUUCGCUGGAGGCGGAGAUCGCGCCGAUUUUGCGUGUGGCUAAUGAAUUCGAGAGCAACCACCCUAGAGUGGCUUAUCUUUGUCGAUUUUGUGCUUUUGACAAGGCUCAUAGGUUGGAGCACACUUCUGGUGGACGUGGUGCAUGCCAAUUUACGACUGCUCUCCUUAAGCGUCUUGAAAGGGAAAAUGAGCCAACGUUAAGGGGAAGGGUUGAAAAAAGUGAUGGGCAUGAAAUACAGAGUUUUUAUGAGCAUUAUUAUAAAGAGUACAUUCAACCUUUGCAAAAUGCUGCUGAUAAAGCUGAUCGUGCGCAGCUUACCAAGGCUUACCAAACUGCUAGUGUACUUUCUGAGGUGUUAAAUGCUGUCAAUAUGAUGGAAUCCAUUGAAGAUGAUCGGGAGAUUUUGGAGGCUCAGGAUAAAGUAGCAGAAAAAACGCAUUUUUAUGUUCCUUACAACAUCCUCCCUCUGGAUCCUGAUAGAGCAAAUCAGGCGAUUAUGAAAUAUCCUGAGAUCCAAGCUGCUGUGGUGGCGCUUCGUGACACCAGGGACCUUCCAUGGCCAAAUGACCAUAAAAAGAAGAACGAUGAAGAUAUUCUUGAUUGGCUUCAGGCAAUGUUUGGAUUUCAGAUGGAUAAUGUGGCAAACCAAAGGGAACACUUGAUUUUAUUGCUUGCAAAUGUGCACAUACGGCUAUUUCCAGAACCCAACCAGCCAUCCGAGUUGGACAAUCAAGCAUUAACAGAAGUGAUGGAGAAACUUUUCAAGAACUAUGAAAAAUGGUGCGACUUCUUGAAAAGGAAGAGCCACCUUCGGUUACUGAUGACCGGCCAGAUGGUGCAGCAGCGUGGACUUCUGUGCAUGAGCCUAUAUCUUCUUAUUUGGGGCGAAGCAGCGAAUCUGAGAUUCAUGCCAGAAUGCCUUUGCUAUAUUUUCCAUCGAAUGGCCUUGGAACUGGAUGCUAUGCUAGCUGGUCAAGUCAGUUCCGUGACUGGAGAAAUUGUGAAGCCCGCUUAUGGAGUUGGAGAAGAGGCCUUCUUGAGAAAAGUGGUUACUCCUAUUUAUGAAGUAAUUGCAAAGGAAGCGGAAAGGAGUAAGCGUGGAAAAUUAAAGCAUUCUCAAUGGAGGAACUAUGAUGAUUUAAAUGAAUACUUUUGGUCCAUUGACUGUUUCCAGUUGGGCUGGCCAAUGCGUGAAGAUGCUGAUUUUUUUCACCUUCCUUCUGAGGGCGUAAUCUUUGAUCAACCAAAUGAUUCAAAACUGGCUUAUCGAGUUCGAUGGGUUGGGAAAGUGAAUUUUGUUGAGAUACGGUCUUUCUGGCACAUUUUCAGAAGCUAUGAUCAGAUGUGGAGCUUCUUUAUUCUAUGCUUACAGGCAAUGAUAAUUGUUGCUCAAAAUUGCUCCGGGGAUCUAACUGCUCCCUUUACUCCUGAUGUUUUUAAGAAAGUGUCGUCUAUCUUUAUAACUGCUGCGAUAUUGAAGCUAGUACAAGCUGUUCUUGAUGUAAUUCUCACCUGGAAAGCACGACGGAGCAUGUCUGAUGAUCUAAAGCUAAGAUAUAAACUGAAGGUCGUUGCAGCUGCUGCUUGGGUUAUUAUUCUCACAUUAACAUAUGCUCAUCCUUGGAAGAAUCCUCCUGGAUCCACUCUAACCAUCAAAAACUGGUUUGGCAAUGGUUCAAGGUCACCUUCCUUGUUUAUCUUAGCCGUUGCGAUAUACCUCUUUCCAAAUAUGCUUGCUGCAUUGUUGUUUCUCUUCCCUUUUGUGACAUUCCGACAAUUCCUGGGGCAGUCGCACUAUAAGAUUGUGAAGCAAAUGAUGUGGUGGUCACAGCCUCAGCUCUAUGUAGGGAGGGGAAUGCAUGAAAGCACGUUCACUCUCUUCAAGUACACAUUGUUUUGGGUCCUUCUACUAAUUGCGAAGUUGGCAUUCAGUUAUAACGUAGAGAUAAAGCCUUUGGUGGGUCCUACAAAAGCUAUAAUGAGUGUUCAGGUAACUAAUCUCCAGUGGCACGAAUUCUUUCCACGAGGUACAAAAAAUAAUAUUGGUGUCGUGAUUGCUAUCUGGGCUCCUGUUAUCCUGGUCUACUUUAUGGACACUCAAAUAUGGUAUGCCAUAUUCUCCUCUGUUGUUGGAGGAAUAUGUGGUGCAUGUAGUCGGCUCGGAGAGAUACAGACAUUGGGAAUACUCAGACCUCGUUUCCAAUCUUUGCGGGAUGCUUUCAAUGCCCGUUUAAUCACACAAGAGCAGGUUGAGCCGGAGAAAGAUGGAUCAAAGGCGACCUUAUCACAAAGUUAUGCUAGGAUCCCAUCAGACGAAGCAAGAUUUGCUCAAUUAUGGAAUACAAUAAUUAGCAGCUUCAGAGAAGAAGAUCUUAUUAGCGAAAGGGAGAUGAACCUUCUGCUUGUUCCAUAUUGUGCUGAUCGUGAACUAGAAGGCAUUACCCAGUGGCCUCCAUUUUUACUAGCCGGCAAGAUACUUAUAGCACUAGACAUGGCUAAAGACAGCAAUGGUGAGGACCAGGAGCUCAGAAAAAGAAUUGAGACUGACAACUAUAUGUCUUGUGCUAUUCACGAAUGCUAUGCUCAAUUUAAAAACAUCAUUAAUUGUUUGGUUCAAGGAGAGCGUGAGAAAGGGGUUAUUGAAUGGAUCCUCUCUGUAGUUGACAUACACGUAGCCAAUGGCAGUCUGAUAAGUGACUUCAAGAUGAGUGCUCUUCCAACCCUGCAUGAUCUCUUUGUUCAGCUCAUCAAAUUUCUGUUAGCCAAUAAACCAGAGGAUAGGGAUAAAGUUGUGAUUCUAUUCCAAGAUAUAUUAGAAGUUGUCACACGAGACAUGAUGGAAAAUCGUAUAUCCAGUCUAGUUGACUCAUUCCUUGAUGGAUCUGGGCAUGAGAGAAUUACUCCACUUGAGCAGCAAUACCAACUGUUUGCAUCUGCUGGGGCUAUUAAGUUUCCUAUUGAACCAGCAACAGAUGCUUGGAAGGAGAAGAUUAAGCGGUUUCAUUUAUUGCUUACCACAAAGGAAUCCGCCAUGGAUGUACCUUCCAACUUGGAGGCCAGAAGGCGCAUUUCCUUCUUCUCCAAUUCAUUGUUUAUGGAAAUGCCAGCCGCCCCUAAAGUUCGCAAUAUGCUUUCCUUCUCCGUUUUGACUCCUUACUACACGGAGGAGGUUCUCUUCUCGGUGCGUGACUUGGAGACGCCAAACGAAGAUGGUGUUUCAAUCCUCUCUUACUUGAAGAAAAUCUUUCCAGAUGAAUGGACCAAUUUUCUUGAGCGGGUGAAAUGUAAAAGUGAAGAGGAAAUGGAAGAAGAACUUUGUCUUUGGGCAUCAUAUAGAGGCCAGACCUUAACUAGAACUGUAAGAGGCAUGAUGUAUUACCGGAAAGCUUUGGAGCUUCAGGCUUUUCUUGAUAUGGCCACAGAUAAAGUUGGUUAUAACGCUGUAGAGCUAGACGCAAAGGAGCUCUCAAGUGGUGAUCCGUCAAGGUGGGCCCAAUGUCAAGCAGUAGCCGACAUGAAGUUCACGUACGUGGUCUCGGUUCAGCAAUAUGGUAUUGACAAACGAUGUGGGCAUCAACGUGCAAAGGAUAUUUUAAGACUUAUGACCGCGUAUCCAUCAGUCCGUGUGGCCUAUAUUGAUGAGGUCGAAGAACCUAGCAAGGACAGGCCUGAAAAGAUCAACCAGAAGGCUUACUAUUCAACUCUAGUGAAGGCUGCAAUUGACUCUUCAGAGCCAGUUCAGAACUUGGAUCAGGUUAUAUAUAGGAUAAAGCUUCCAGGACCUGCUAUUUUGGGGGAAGGAAAACCUGAAAAUCAGAAUCAUGCCAUUAUAUUUACUCGUGGAGAAGGCUUGCAAACAAUCGAUAUGAACCAGGAUAACUACAUGGAAGAAGCACUGAAAAUGAGGAAUUUGCUGCAAGAAUUUCUCAAAAAGCAUGAUGGUGUGAGGUAUCCAACAAUUCUUGGACUUCGGGAGCACAUUUUCACUGGAAGUGUUUCAUCUCUUGCUUGGUUCAUGUCAAAUCAGGAGACUAGUUUUGUGACUAUAAGCCAGAGACUGUUGGCCAACCCCUUGAAGGUCCGUUUCCACUAUGGUCAUCCUGAUGUCUUCGAUCGGCUGUUUCACCUUACUAGAGGUGGUGUCAGUAAGGCUUCAAAAGUUAUCAAUUUGAGUGAAGACAUAUUUGCUGGCUUCAACUCUACACUUCGUGAGGGCAAUGUAACUCAUCAUGAGUAUAUACAAGUUGGAAAAGGGAGGGAUGUGGGUCUAAACCAGAUAUCCAUGUUCGAGGCUAAAAUAGCCAGUGGAAAUGGGGAGCAAACUUUGAGUAGAGAUAUAUACCGACUUGGACAUCAUUUUGAUUUCUUCAGAAUGCUGUCAUGUUAUUUCACCACCGUCGGCUUUUACAUUAGUACUCUGAUUACUGUGCUUACUGUAUAUGUCUUCCUUUAUGGCCGUCUUUAUUUAGUUCUUAGCGGGCUUGAAAAGGAAUUGAGUACUCAACCAGGAAUUAAGGACAAUAAGCCUCUCCAGGUGGCUCUUACCUCUCAAUCAUUUGUACAAAUUGGAUUUUUGAUGGCACUGCCUAUGUUGAUAGAAAUAGGCUUGGAAAGGGGAUUUGGAACUGCAGUUAGUGAUUUUCUGCUGAUGCAAUUGCAAUUUGCACCCGUUUUUUUCACAUUCUCUCUUGGAACAAAGACACACUAUUAUGGAAGAACUUUGCUUCACGGAGGUGCAAAAUACAGGGCUACUGGUCGCGGUUUUGUUGUGCACCAUGCCAAGUUUGCAGACAAUUAUAGAAUGUACUCCCGCAGUCACUUCAUUAAAGGAUUUGAAAUAAUGAUUUUGCUGCUCGUGUACCAAAUCUUUGGUCAAUCUAAUAGGGGUGCUAUUGCUAAUAUCAUGAUCACAAUAUCCAUGUGGUUCAUGGUUGGGACUUGGCUUUUUGCCCCUUUCCUGUUUAAUCCUUCUGGUUUCGAGUGGCAGAAGAUUGAUGAUGACUGGACAGAUUGGAAUAAAUGGAUAAACAACCAGGGUGGUGUACGUCCAGAAAAAAGUUGGGAAUCAUGGUGGGAAGAGGAACAGGAGCAUCUGCGUCAUUCUGGAAUGAGUGGUAUCAUAGCUGAGAUUGUGUUGGCACUUCGAUUUUUCAUAUAUCAGUAUGGGAUUGUGUAUCACUUAAGCAUCACGAAGCAUAUCAAAAGUGUCCUGGUCUACGGCAUAUCAUGGCUAGUCAUCUUCCUUAUAUUUUUUAUGAAGACUGUUUCUGUUGGUCGACGAAAAUUCAGUGCAAAGUUCGUGCUUGUCUUCCGGCUAAUCAAUGGAUUAAUAUUCUUGGCUUUUGUCGCCAUUUUGGUUACGUUGAUUGCACUCUGGCACAUGACAAUGCAAGACAUAAUGGUUUGCAUUCUUGCUUUCAUGCCGACGGGUUGGGGAAUGCUUUUGAUUGCACAAGCUUGCAAACCUCUCGUCGAAAAGGCUGGAAUUUGGGGAUUAGUUCGGACUCUUGCCCGUGGUUACGAGAUCAUUAUGGGUUUAUUUCUGUUCACUCCAGUUGCAUUCUUGGCUUGCUUUCCUUUUGUCUCAGAAUUCCAGACCCGUAUUCUCUUCAAGCAAGCAUUUAACAGAGGCUUGCAGAUUUCACGGAUUCUCGGUGGACAAAGGAAAGAUAAGGAUCAGUCCCCUAACAAGAAUGAAUGA